ACUUGCAUCUACAUAAAUGUGAUAUCUGUGUUUUCAAUAAACAGUAACAACGUCGAGGUUGCUCGAAGAACCUUUCGUGAUAUGGCAGACUUGUCAUUGUAUUUAACCAAUAUAAACGUUUCAUUGGGACGAACUAUGGAAGGUAAUAAGAGUCAAGACGUGGUGGAAGACUUCGAGAGAGUGGAGAUGGGCGACUCAGGUGCGAGGCAGGGAAGGGUUAAGCUUCCCCGCAGGACCAUCUACUUUGCCAGUGGCGAAACAAUGGAGGAGUACAGUACUGACGAAGAGGAAGAGGAACCUGUGGAGAAAAGAGUGGUUAACGUGGAUACGUCGAAACUGACAUGGGGCCCAUAUUUUUGGUUCCACAUGUGGAGAAUGGCCACCUCAACUAUCUCAGUGUGUGACUACAUGGGAGAGAAACUUGCUUCUCUUUUUGGUAUUACCGCUCCUAAAUACCAGUACGCUAUCGACGAGUACUACCGUAUUAAGAAAGAGCAGGAGGAAGAAGAGGAGGAGAACCGUCUGGCUGAUGAGGCAGAGCAUCAAUUUGCAGAGCAGCGAAAGAGCGAGAAGAAGGACCCGACUCCGGCAACCGUUGAGCAGCCUGAAGCGAUAGGAGCUUCUUUUGUCAAUGUUUCUUUUGACCACGAGCCUGAAGCGGCUCUCAACACUGCAGACAACAACAGAGCACCUUGUCCUCUCCCCUCCUGACAAUCCAAAAUCUCUUUACUUGCGACGAGGAUGAAUGCUAAUCUACUUAUUUGUAAUAAUUAUUCAUUAAUAAUAAUAAUAUUUUUUUAUGCUCGCAUUUUGUUCAAACAGGAUUCCGUUAACACGGUAGGAAACCAGGUUGAUCUUACUGCAUUGGCAUCAGCGAUUUGUCUCGAGCUUGAUUUCUAAAGAAAAAAAAAAUACAUUUACCAACGGACUUUUUUGACAACGAUAGCAGCAGCAGGGUCUUUUAACACUAUUCAAAGCAGCAGCAAAAAUGCAGAUUUGUUGUUCCGUUUCAGAUAUUUCAGUGCCUAUAUGUUGUCUAUGCAUCUUGACUGUAUGAUGUCAUCCAUCCAUCCAAUCCAGAGGAUUUCAGUUUUUCCAUCAGAUUUUCAUUUCAACAUAAUAAAGCUACUUAUGUCA